AAAAAUCUUGAACUUCAAAGCCGAUCCAACGGCGGAGACCGCGUCUGGCGUAGCUUUCUUGAACUACCGGAUCCGCCCGUGUAGACCACUUAUCCUCGUCAUACGCACACUCACACGCACAGAGAGUGAGACCCACUGUCAUGGCAGCUGAGCUACAACCACCAGAAGCCCUAAUAACCGCCGCCCCAACCGCCACGGCGGCGACUACGACAGCAACAACAGCAGAAACGACAACGACGGCCCCACCCUCGAGCGACAACCCAGGCCCAAGUUUGGCCCCUAAACGGCAGCGCCGGCCCAGCGUCCGAUUGGGAGAGAUCGGGGACCAGCCCGCCACGCUCUCCUACGACUCGCACGUGCGAAGGACCAAGCACCACCCCUGGAGGCUCCCCAAGGACCACUCCUCCAAGUCCGUGAAGGCUCGGUCGCUAACCAACCUCGUCAACGGCGGCGAUUCCCACGAUACUCAAGAACCACAAGAAGAAAGGAACCAAAACGGCGAGGGAAACCUCGAGUUCGCGAACCGGAAGAAGGCGAAGCGGGGCUCCACGAAGCGGGUCCGAUCCAAUUGGGUGACAAGGAUCGACGAGGGAGCGGCGGCGGAGGGAGACAGCAGAGAAGACGGGAACAACGAGGGGUUUAGGGAUUUCGAUCCGGACUCGGAUAGUCCGUUGAAGGACCACAGCCCGGUUCACUCGGUGGGCAACGUCGAGCUGGAUUUGUGGCACGGGGUUAGGAGGCAAGGCCGGGCUAGGGUUUCGGAGAGCCGAGAGAACGACGCCGUUGAUUUGGAGAACUACCCGGAGUCCGAUUCGAGGGACCGGAGGUGUGGGACGAGCGAGGGGGUGAGGUCUUGGCUGAUCGAAUUGGGGCUGAGCCGGUACGCGCCGGUGUUCGAGAUUCACGAGGUGGACGACGACGUUUUGCCUAUGUUGACGCUGGAGGAUCUCAAGGAUAUGGGAAUCAAUGCUGUCGGGUCGAGACGGAAAAUGUACGCUGCAAUUCAAAAGCUUCGCAAGGGGUAUUCGUGAGUGUUAAUGUGUUUUCUUUUUUUCUUUUUUCUUUUUGGUUCUUGUAGAACUUAAAAGGUUGUAUUAAGCUGGUCUUAUAAACCCUCGGUCAUGGCUAAAAUAUUGGAUAAAAUGCAUGUCUGAGAUGGUCUGAGCUUCUUUUUCGUAUAAUGAUAAUCCCAUUUUCUUUUUUGA